UUUCUGUGUUUCACGCACGAACUGUGUUGUGGAUGUGUUUGUGUUGUAAAAUAAGAUUUAGAGAAAUACUGAUAUAUUUAAUCAUGAUGAUUUAUAUUUGACCAAGUGAACAGUGAAAUAAAAUCCCUCACAAUGUCGCUCGAAAUCCCGUUGAUGAGCACCGACGAGGUGAUAGAGCUUGAUCCUGAGCAGCUUCCGUCCGGAGAUGAAGUGCUUAGUAUAUUACAACAGGAACGCUCUCAACUCAACGUUUGGAUCAAUGUCGCCCUCGCUUAUUAUAAACAAAAGAAAAUCGAUGACUUCCUCAAAAUAUUGGAGGCGUCCCGUGUGGACGCCAACAUCGACUAUCGGGACUUCGAACGGGACCAAAUGCGAGCCCUUGAUAUGCUGGCGGCAUACUAUGUGCAAGAGGCGAAUAAGGAGAAGGUCAAAGAUAAAAAGAAAGAACUGUUCACAAAGGCUACAUUACUUUAUACUAUGGCUGAUAAGAUUAUCAUGUAUGAUCAGAAUCAUUUACUCGGACGAGCAUACUUCUGCCUUCUGGAAGGUGACAAAAUGGGUCAAGCUGACACACAAUUUAACUUUGUACUCAACCAGUCACCUAACAAUGUGCCCUCAUUGCUCGGUAAAGCUUGUAUAGCAUUUAACAGAAAGGACUAUAGAGGAGCAUUAGCAUUCUAUAAGAAGGCCUUGAGAACAAAUCCAAAUAGUCCAGCAGCGUUGCGCCUUGGAAUGGGACAUUGUUUCAUGAAAUUGAAUAACCAGGACAAAGCCAGAAUGGCGUUUGAAAGAGCCCUACAGUUGGACCCACAAUGUGUGGGUGCAUUGGUGGGCCUCUCCAUACUGAAGCUGAACCUACAGGAGAGUGAGUCCAACAAGAUCGCUGUCAUCAUGUUGUCAAAAGCCUAUGCUAUUGAUCCAAAAAAUCCCAUGGUUUUGAACCACUUGGCCAAUCAUUUCUUCUUCAAAAAGGAUUACAGCAAAGUGCAGCACCUAGCGCUGCACGCGUUCCACAACACGGAGAACGAGGCGAUGCGCGCCGAGAGCUGCCACCACCUGGCGCGCGCCUUCCACGCGCAGGGCGACUGCGUGCAGGCCUUCCAGUACUACUACCAGGCCACGCAGUUCGCGCCGCCCAACUUCGUGUUGCCGCACUACGGGCUCGGACAGAUGUACAUCUACAGGGGCGACACGGAGAAUGCAGCACAAUGCUUCGAGAAGGUUCUCAAGGCCCAACCCGGGAACUACGAAACGAUGAAGAUCCUCGGUUCCCUGUACGCCAACUCGCCGUCACAGUUGCAGCGCGACAUCGCGCGCCAGCAUCUGAAGAAGGUCACCGAGCAGUUCCCUGAAGAUGUGGAGGCUUGGAUCGAGCUGGCCCAGAUAUUGGAACAAAACGACUUGCAAGGCUCUUUGAACGCGUAUUCGACCGCAAUGAAGAUCCUCAAAGAGAACGUGAACGCGGACAUCCCAGCGGAGAUACUCAACAACGUGGCGGCGCUGCACUACCGCCUCGGGAACCUGCCUGAAGCCAAGAAGUACCUAGAAGAGGCGCUGGAGAGGGAGAAGGUGGACGCGGAGACGCUGGACGCGCAGUACUACAACUCGAUCGCCGUCACCAGCAUGUACAACCUGGCGCGGCUCAGCGAGGCGCUGUGCGUCUACAACAAGGCGGAGAAACUCUACAAGGACAUCCUGAAGGAGCACCCUAACUACAUUGACUGUUAUUUGAGGUUGGGCUGCAUGGCCCGCGACAAGGGUCAAAUCUACGAGGCGUCGGAUUGGUUCAAGGAGGCUCUGAAGGUGAACAUCGAGCACCCCGACACGUGGUCGUUGCUAGGCAACCUCCACCUGGCGCAGCAGGAGUGGGGGCCGGGACAGAAGAAGUUCGAGAGGAUCCUGCAGAACUCCUCCACUUCUAGUGACGCGUAUUCGCUCAUCGCUUUGGGCAACGUUUGGCUGCAGACGCUUCACCAGCCGUGCCGCGAGAAGGAGCGCGAGAAGCGGCACCAGGAGCGCGCGCUGGCCAUGUACAAGCAGGUGCUGAAGAACGACCCCAAGAACAUCUGGGCCGCCAACGGCAUCGGCUGCGUGCUGGCGCACAAGGGCUGCAUCAUCGAGGCGCGCGACAUCUUCGCGCAGGUGCGCGAGGCGACGGCCGACUUCCCCGACGUGUGGAUGAACAUCGCGCACAUCUACGUUGAGCAGAAGCAGUACAUCAACGCCAUACAGAUGUACGAGAACUGCAUCCGCAAGUUCCGCAUGCAGCACGACGUGGAGUGGCUGACGUGGCUGGCGCGCGCGCAGACGUUCGCCGGCCGCGCGCGCGCCGCACGCACCGCGCUGCUGAAGGCGCGCCGCGUGGCGCCGCACGACCCCUUCCUGCUGUACAACACGGCGCUGGCGCUGCGCCGCCUCGCCGCGCACGUGCUCAAGGACGAGCGCUCCGAGCUCAAGGUGGUGCUGCGCGCCGUGCACGAGCUGCACGUGUCGCACAAAUACUUCACGCGCCUUUCGAAUGUGGAGGGUGCAGGAGCGGCCGCGGGCGCGGCCGUGGGAGCGGGAGCGGGCGCGGGAGCGGAGGCGGAGCGCGCGGAGGGCGGCGAGCGGCGCGAGUCGUCGGCCAAUGCCGCCUCGCUGGAAGCGCGCACGUGUGCUGACUUGCUGUCGCAGGCGCAAUGGCACGUAACGCGAGCGCGCCGCCAGCACCAGGAGGAGCUGGAGCUGCGCGACCGGCAGCGCGAGCAGCGCGAAGCCUUCCGCCGCCAGCAGGAGGACGAGCGCAAGCGGCGCGAGGAGCAGCACGCCAAGAGCACGGUGGAGAUGUCGCAGAAGCGGCUCGAGUACAAAGAGAAGACGAAGAACGCUUUGUUGUUUGCCGACAUGCCGGUCGAGGGCAAGAGCAAGGGUCGCGGGCGGCGGCGCGACGAGUACGUGUCCGACUCGGCCAGUGAACCCGAUAGACCGCGCGAGGAGGGCCGCGAGCCGAAGCAACGCAAGCGCAAGCGCGAGGCGGGAGAGGGGCGCAAGGGCGGGCGCAGCAAGAAGCGCGACCGCGGCAGCAACAGCGACAGCGACGCGCCGCGCAAGAAGGGACGCAAGAAGGGAGAGAAGGGCAUCGGGCGCCGCGAGAAAGCAAAGAUGGCGGACGACAAGCUCAGUCAGAAACAGCGGGCGAAGAUUGUCUCCAAGGAGACGAUCUCGUCGUCGGACUCCGACUCGGACGCCGGCGGCCGCAAGUCGCGUAGCCGCAGCCGUAGCCGCAGUGGCAGCCGCAGCCGCAGCGGGAGUCGCAGCCGCAGCCCGCCAGCCAACAAGGGCCGCAAGAGAAUCAUGUCCGCGUCGGAUAGUGACAAAUCUCGUUCCAAAUCGCGCAGCCGAUCCCGUUCCGGAUCAGCCAAAAGUCGCUCCAGAUCCAAAAGCCGCUCGAGAUCAAAGAGCGGAUCUCGUUCCAAGAGCCGAUCAAGAUCUAAAAGCCGAUCCAAAUCUAAAUCCAAGAGUCGAUCCAGGUCAAAAAGCCAUUCAAGAUCAAAGAGCAGAUCCAGGUCGAAAAGCCGAUCAAAGUCUAAAAGUCGGUCGAGAUCGAAAAGCCGGUCGAGGUCUAAAAGCGGAUCCAGAUCGAAAAGUCGUUCACGAUCUCGCUCAAGAUCGAAAAGCCGCUCCCGCUCAAAGUCGAAGAGCGCGUCGCGUUCCCGCUCGCGCUCCAAAAGCUCCCGCAGUCGCUCCGGCUCCCGCUCUCGGUCCGGCUCUCGCUCGCGGUCCGGGUCGCGCGCGUCCCGCCCGGCCACGCCCGAGUCUAGGAAGUCGGUCUCGGCUAGCGAGGACGAGAAUUAGCUACUGCUUACUUCUAUACGCUUAGUCCAUCAACUCGCACUAGAGCAGCGUGGUCAAACCUUUAUAUCCCUCUCCUUUAACACGUUCGCUGCGGGACGAGGUCCAUUGACCUCGUAUGUCUAGUGUUUUCAAGAGUUACGAGGUCGAUUGACCUCGUACCGCACCAGAGGAAACUACAGAAAAAUCAGUGCCGCAGCGAAAGUGUUAAGGAGCAAGUCCUGGCUUUGUAUUGGGCCUGUAAAAUGGGCUGAUAAUGAUGUAUGUGUAUGCUUAUAUAUACGCUUUGUAAUCUGUCGGCAUACUGUUAAACUACAUUGUUGAAGGAAAACUUCUUUACGCUUCACUUGGGGAGUUGCUGAAUGCGCUACAAAAAAUGUAAUCCGUCGAGGUUUUUUUAAAGAUGUUUGCUGCCAUCUACAGAUAUAAUGGAACAGUGUAUAAUAUUUUUUAUUUAAUACACUUUAUUUGUACACCACAAAAAUAAAAGAAAACAAGCAAAACAGAAACACAAGAAAAAGUAGAAUACAAAAGGCGGCCUUAUCGCUUAGUAGCGAUCUCUUCCAGGCAACCUUAGGCUUAGGAACUUAUUAGGACAACUGUAGGUGGUGUGUACGUAAUAAUAUUGUACAUAUACAUACAUACAAAUAACUACACACUAAUACAUAAACCAUAAUACACAAAUUAUAUAAUAAUUAUAAAUAUUAUAAAAUAAACUAGUAUAUAAAUAUAUCAUUAUAAAUAAAUAUAUCAUAAAAUAAACUAGUAUAUAAAUAUUUUAAACUACCAGUAGAUGGCGUUUUUAGAGAACUUUGAAACAAUCCCUUUUUGUACACUUCAAGAGCCUGUUGCGAUGCAAGCCUAAGGCUCAUAGAUGGCGUUUUGAUUUUUUAUAUAUGAAAGAAGUUUUACUUCAGUUGUGUGGUGUAAAUUAAACUCGUUUUUUUUUUGAUUCUCAUUAAGGGAAACUUAUUGUUAUUUAUUUCCAUGACCCAACCACAUAGGCUAGGCACUACAUGUAAGCAGAUAUAUUGUCCAACGUAGAGAGCGGGCAUUACUCUUUUUUUCGAUCAUUGUUGAGCUCGACACGUGUUAUUACAGUGUCCAUGUAUAAUCAUCUUAUACAUGUCUAGUCCAUGUAUAGUUCUCUUUUUUAUGAAAUGCGAUAGACACUUUCUAUCUGUCGAUAUACUUAUCUGUCUACGACUGUCAUGUUGAAUUAUAUACACAUGUAGGGCUGAUUAAAUCUGUUUGGUUUAAUCUUUUAACUAAUCUACAUAUGUUUAGUAACUCACUGACAAAUUACGAAGGUCUUUGAAAAGUUUACUAUCAUGUUCUCUGCGGAAAUGCCAUUAUUAGAAUUUCAGUUUAGGCGUUAGAAGAUCCAUGUAUACUAAUGACGUCAUUCUAAGUACGUUCCAUGUAUAUUGUAUGUAAAAAAACCUUCACUUUUGGCCAGGACACUAAAAUGCAAUGCAUUUGUAGGAUCAAAUUUAACACCAUUUAAAGGACUCAUCAGUUUUGACGUCAGAAAUUGCGGUUGUAAAGCGUCUUAGAAGAUUGAAGGUCUUGCAAAUAGGUUGACAAUGAGUAUGCUGUUCUCGGGUAUUAUUUGUGUCAAUUAAUUUUCGACUUUAUUUCAAUGCUAGUAACGUCUGUAAUCGUUUGACAGUGACACAUGUACCUACUGUGGUGCCUUGUCAAGUGAGUGUUACACGAUUUUAAAGUUUGAAUCGGCAGCCAGUUUAAUGUUUACCUUUGCGGUAUUUAAGUUUGUUUUGUGUUUCUCAAAAUACAUAUAUUUUCUUUUACCCUGCGAAUUUCACGUUAACGUGUUCGUAAAAUGUUUAUUUUACAAUAACAAAAGAAAAUUUAAUACUUGGGCUUUUUACCGUCGCCCUUCAAUAAAUGCAAUGCUCUAUGGCAGUUAACUUUACGGCAAACCUUCGCUAGAGACCUAAAAAGUUCUCGUAAAAAAAAUUAUAUCUUAAACAGGGAUUUUCGGUUAACUUGUGUUACCUACAUUAAAGUUUAAUUAUGUAAAAAUAGAUUGCUGUUCUUUAGUCUAAAUACUUUCAGACUUUAGUUUCUUAAAGUCGCGACUUUAAGAAGAGACUUUGGUUUCUUGUCGCAAACGAAACAAUUUUGUACUAAUAUUUUACUAACACGUUAGCAAAUAUAAAUUAGAAUGUAACUCUUCAUUUAGUUUAUAAUAUGACAUGUCUAUCAGAUUUAUUUUCCUUUUUACUCUUCACCUUGUAUCAUAUACUAUUGUGAAAUAUAUUAUAACUACUUAUUCUGUAAUUUGUAAGAUAAUAAAGAUACUUAUUACAAACGAAAA